AUGGCAGGUGUAGUAACCCCGCCGGCUGUUUUUGUCCGGAGCUGUAUAGUCCAGUAUGUGAUACCGAGAAUACAACACACAACAGUGCUUGCCACCUACGGUGCAAUGGUAAAAGAUACGCAUACGACGGUGUUUGCAGGAAUACUUCAGGUGACCCUGAUAUUGCCAGCGCACAACUCCGAACUGUAUCGCCCAGUCUGCGAUACGGAGAACAUAACACAUAGUAACAUCUGCAAGUUGCGCUGCCAGGGUUUUAGCCAACAGUCGUACAAUGUACCCGUGGUGGUGCAACUCUUGCUCAUGAAGGUGCUUGUGGGGCUACAGACGGUUGUGCUUGCAUUCGCGAGUUUAAGCCUGCCUGCGACACUCAGGGCAAUACUCACCCCAGCAGAUGCUCUCUUAAUUGCGCCGGUGCCCAGUUUGCAUAUGAUGGCACCUGCGCAGGCACUACUAGCAAUCGCUCAUUUGCAGAGAACAAUUCAAAUGCCGCUGGUUGAAGGACGCAGGAGAUAG